AUGUCCCGGGCAGUUCAUGAGAUGCACCGUUCCCUCAGUGAGAAGGGCAGAAAGGCUCAGCGCUAUCAAUAUCAGAUGCCAAGAGCCCAAUGCACAGACGCUUGCCAGCCCGGCUACAGGAAGGCACUAGAGCCCGGAGCCCAGCCCUGCUGCUAUCACUGUGUCCGGUGUUCUGAAGGAGAGAUCUCCAAUCAGACUGACAGUGAUAAUUGCCUUAAAUGCCCAGACUUGGAAUGGCCCAAUGAACAAAGGAAUCAGUGUAUUGCAAGAACUGAAGAGUUUCUCUCUUUUACUGAUUGUACCAUUGCUGAAUUUUUGUCAUCAGUAAGCAUUCUGUUCUAUAUUAUAACUCUCCUGAUACUGGGAAUUUUCAUCACAUUCCGAGGCACCCCCAUAGUGAGAGCCAACAACCGGAGCCUGAGCUUCCUCCUCCUUGUCUCCAUCAAGCUGAGCUUCCUCAGUGUGUUUCUGUUCCUCGGUCGCCCUGUGGAUAUAACCUGCAUGCUGCGCAUCAUCACUUUUGGAAUCACCUUCUCCAUAGCUGUCUCUUCUCUCCUGGCCAAGACUAUCAUGGUUUGUGUUGCUUUCAAAGCCACCAAGCCAGGGAGCUCAUGGAGAAAAUGGCUGGGAGUCAAACUGUCCAAUUCUGUAGUCUUGUUCUGCUCAUCCAUUCAAAUAAUCAUCUGCAUGACUUGGUUGGCCAUUUCUCCUCCCUUUCAGGAACUGGACAUUCACACUUCCCCUGGAACCAUCAUCAUUCAGUGCAAUGAGGGCUCAGCUAUUGGCUUUUACUCAGUUAUUGGGUAUAUGGGGCUUCUGGCAGCUGUUAGUUUUGUUUUAGCAUUUUUAGCUCGGAGCUUACCGGACAGUUUUAAUGAGGCCAAGUACAUCACUUUCAGCAUGCUGCUCUUCUGCAGUGUUUGGAUCACAAUGAUCCCGGCCUAUCUGAGCACCAAAGGCAAAAACACUGUGUGUGUGGAGAUAUUUGCCAUACUCACCUCAAGCGCCGGCCUUUUAGCCUCUAUAUUUCUGCCCAAAUGUUAUAUUAUUAUGCUAGGACCUGAAAUGAACACAAAAUCCCAUUUAUUUAGCAACAAUCAUCACUGA